AUGGACAUUUAUCACCCCGUGGUGUUAUUCAAAUUCAGUACCAAGCGAGGAGCGGCUCCACUCCUCUCUCGCCUUUUUGUGGAGCGACGCAAGAAAAGCAGAGCACAGAGAGAUGUGCGUCCAGUAGCAGCAGUGUGUCCCAGAGCUCCACGGAGAGAGGAUGGGAACACCGACAUGGAUGGACGGAGCAUCGGUCCGGAGGCUACAGCCCGCUGCUUUCUGUCCUCAGCCUCUUUCAGCUCCACUGCUCUCUGCACUGGGCUCUCACAAGAACAGAGGCGGCUCCUAUUCAGCAGUGUGGCUCUGGCCAGCGCCGCAGCAGAAGGCCUCCCCGCUGCACAAAGAACGUGUGCGUGUGUCACUGUUGCACUCAGGUCGCCGCGGGCGUUCAGGGGAGCGCAGCCUGGAGGCAAGACCUCGACCUCCCGCAGCGGUGCAGUAACACACUCCAGCAGCACCGUGCUCGUGUCCAUCCCCCUCUUAUGA